UGGAUACUGUGUGAACAUUUGAUGAUUUUAUAAAUCAGGAAAAAUGGAACUAGAAGAUACCUACGAACAUGAAUUGUCCGAUGCUGUAAUUGUCACGAACAAUGCACAAUGGAUACAAAUUGUUCUUGUGUAAGGAGAAGUGGCACAUACUAUCAAUACAAAUCAAUAAAGAGUCUUGAGGAAUAUACGAUAGAAGAAAAGAAUAAUAAUAAUUGCAGUUAUGAAUGUAACAGUAAUUGUAAAUGUGGAACAUACUGUGGGAAUAGAUUAGUUCAAUAUGGACCUAGAAAAGACUUGGUAGUUGAAGAAACCUCGGAUAAAGGCUUGGCACUUUAUACUAGUAAAAAAAUACCUAAAGGCUGUUUUGUAUGUGAAUAUGCUGGGGAAAUAAUCACAGAAGCUGAGGCUAGCAAGAGAUUUAAAUCGAAUACAGACAAACCAAAUUACAUUUUUUGCAUCAAGGAAAAUUAUGCUGAAAAAGAAGUUAGGACAUACAUAGACCCAACUUUUUAUGGAAACAUAGGAAGGUACAUCAACCACAGCUGUGAACCAAACACAAAACUUUUUAUUUUGAGAGUAGACGAUACUGUACCAAUAUUAGGAAUAUUUGCAGACAAAGGCAUAGAUGAAGGUAGUGAGAUUACAUAUAGCUAUGGAACAGUAAAUGUUAAUAAUAUAUCCGGAAAGAAAUGUUUUUGUGGAACGGAAACGUGUAAGGGGUUUUUGCCAUUUGAUCCUUCAGUGAGUGACACUCAGCACCAAGACUAUCUCGAGCCAUGAAGAGGCACACAAGAGCAUGGACCCUGCAUCUGAAGAGGUCCCAGAGCAGCGUGAAAACUGGAACUUUACUGUGUGGUGUGGGGCAAUGUGACUACUUACACAGUUUUUGAAAUUCCACUGAUUUUUUCGGCAUUUAGAAGUCCCCCAUCAAGCUGAGCCACUGAUCACAGGAUACAGAUAGAAUAAAUUAGUAUAUAACAAAUAAGUCCC